CCUCAGUCAAACUUCAAAUGCCGCAUACCAAAUAUACUCCCUUCUUCUUCCUUCGGCCAUCUCUCUCUCUCUCUCUCUCUCUCUCUCUCUGCGCUCAUGGAUAUGGAGGAACUGAAGCUGAAGCAGGAGCUGCAAGAGAAGAGGCUCGUACAACAACACAAACAGAAGCCAGCCGAGCCGAGCCAUGAGGUUCGACUGGCUGCACUAGCCAUCACUUUCAACGCACGCCUGAGAUCAUCCGACAUGCCCCUCCACAUGCAAGAGCAUGCCCUGCGAUACACCAGAUCACUCGUCGGCGAUCCGUCUCCUUCCUCCUCGAAGCCCCGACACAACCCGACCCACUUAGCUCGAGCUCUCAAAAAGGAGUUUGACUCGGUUUAUGGACCGGCGUGGCACUGUGUGAUAGGGCGGAGUUUCGGGUCGUUCGUGACUCACACGGCGGGUGGCUUCGUUUACUUCUCCAUUGACUCUCUCUCUGUUCUUCUUUUCAAAACAGAGGUCCACUUGGUUAAGCAACCACCACCGACUUUGUCUAAAUGACCUUAUUAGCUUAUGUUUAUUGUAAAGCUUUGUCUUUUCUUUUCUUUUUUUCUCUUGCUGGGGACGAUGACACUAUGAAUUUGUUACGUCUUAAUAGUUUUAUCUGAAUGUUAUCCACAUAGACAUAUAGUCAUGCAUGAAGAGAGGAAAUGUGUUGACACUUGACAAAAUGACAAUCGUUUUGGGUUGAAA